UCUGAACAGGUCCCCCCCCUCUCCCCCUGGGCCUGUUGUUUGCCUUUUGCUGUGAAGGGACGGUCAACAGCAACGAUCGAGUUGAUAGUCAAGUCUGGUUGUUGAGCAUCCUCAUCAUCAAACAGAUAACAAGCAAGUUGCUAACAACGAUUGGUCUGCGGUUUGCGUGCUGCUUUAACCAGUAAAAAGCAGCUCAAUCUUCCUUCCUCCCUCACCGCUGCCCCCUCAUCUCGAUGUCUACAAUCAGUUCCAACCCCUUUGCUCUUCUGAGCGGAGGUGAUUCUGACGACGAAGGCGGUGCCACCAGGUCAGCCGCCAUCAAAUCUACCAAAGCACCCGCCGCGGCUGCCCCUCAACCCAAGAAAACCAUCCCUGGACAGCAGGUCAAGCGAGACCGUGGUGACUAUCCAUCCCGCGGUGCCCCUCGCAAGGUUUACGGUGGUCAAUCUACCGGAGCUGAUGCCGAAGUCAUCGGCUCUAAACCCGCUGGAAUGACCGAGCAAGGACGCGAUGACAGAGGGGAGCGUCGUGGUGGUACUCGUGGAGGACGAGGUACCAGAGGCCGAGGUGCCGGACGUCCUCGUGGUGGUGCUCGUCUUGACGAUCGCCCCGAUCGUCACAGCGCAACUGGUACACACGAUACCGACAGGAAAGUCGCUUCUGGUUGGGGUGCCGAAGAGGGCAAACAAGAGCUGCAAGCCGAGACCGACGGAUAUGGGGAUGCCAAGGCUGCCCUGGCCCCUGCUGACGACAAUGAAGGAUGGGGCGCUAAGGCCGAUGUUGAUGACGCUGCCCCAGUUGCCAACGGUCACGCCAAAAAUGGAGAUGGGGCUGACCACAGAGAGGAAGAAGAGGAAGACAAGACCAAGACCUUUGAGGAGUACCUGGCCGAAAAGGCCAACGCCGCAAGUGCCCUUCCCAGCUUGAAGAAGGAUGUCCGAAAGCCCAACGAAGGUGCUGACGACUCGCAGUGGAAGAAUGCUGUCAAAUUCGUCAAGGGUGAAGAAGAGGAAGAAGUCUUCUUCCAACCCAAGGAGAAAAAGACCACCCAAACCGCCAAAAAGGUGAAGGAGAAAACCUUCAUUGAAGUCGAGCCAUUAGGCUACCGCCCACCCCGAACUGGCGGUGAUCGUGGUGGACGAGGUAGAGGUCGCGGACGAGGUGAUCGGGAUGGAGCUGAGCGUCGCGAAUUCAAUGACAGUCGUGGCGCUCCACGAGGUGGCCGAGGUCGCGGUGGCCGAGGUCCUAAGGAACUUAACACCGAAGAUGCCAAUGCUUUCCCCAGUCUCUCAUAAUCACCACACUAACUGGUCUUACUUUUUUGUAGACCAUUAAGUCUCGAUUCUCAUCAUCUCCUCUCUCCUCCCUAUGAAACGCUGCGUUGAAAGAUGUGCCAGUAUUUUUUAUCAAUGCCCUGCGGUUCGAAAAAUUCUGUCCCGAUCCUUAUCUACCCAUGUUUAUGAAUCUUUUUGCUGCUGUUUUUUUUUCUCUUAUCUCUUUUCAUUUGAUUUUUUAUGCAACUCACCCGUCUUUCUGAUUCGGAUCAAGCGGUUUAGAUGCAGUUCAAUGCAUCGUAGCCUCUGCGCGAUCAUGAUGAACGAUGACCCAAUUGCUCGAUCACAAAGCAUCCCUGCCAGGCUGGCUUUUUAGGUUGACAUGUUGAGCUUCUACAUGUAUCCAUAACCAUGAAUCCUAAUAUUAUGUCGUGCUGGUCUUGCGAUGUAUUACGAUAGUAUCUUUUCUCCUUCUCCCCCCAACUCCUGCUCCGUUGGUUAUGUGUGAUUGGUUUCCAGUCUGGUUUUGAGUUUUAUUUAAUUGAAUCGUCAUAUGGUCCUUCUCACACCCCCCCCCUGCUCCAUUUCUUACAGAGCAUCCGGGCCUUCACUCACUACGAGGCUUCUGAAG